AUGUCCACCACCGACCGGAUGCCUAAAGUCAAAGAAAUCGAAGAUCUUCUGGAAAAUACGCACAUCACAGAUACGAUGAACAAGGCAGCUGAGGAAGCUCGACCAUCGAAUACCCGCAGCACCAGUCGGAUGAGAACUCCAGCCAACAGAGUGACGAAGCCAAGGUGGAGUGCUAUCUCCAGGGCCAUAUCUCAGCAAGCAGCAGGCCGAUCUCGCAUGCGGUUGACGCACGUCAGGCCAUGGGCACCUAAAUCCCGGCCACCAUCAGGGCGAAUCGCUGCAUUGAAGCGAGAGAUGGAAAGCUCAGACUUCCCAACCUUGCUAGAGCCGAUGCUUUCCUUGGACGCAGCGUUAGCAUCGACUCCUACGGAUGCGCCAUAUCCUUUUGUUCCAAGAGUCCCCAUGGCCAUAUUCGAGCCUUGCCGUGGUGUGGUGGUCAGAGAUUCUGCCAAGACCAGCGUACUUCAGGAUAUGUCGUCUACCAUCUGGGACCCUAUAGCAAGUGUUCGGUGCGAUAUGCGUCGAGGCCAGUACAGUAAGCAUCAUAAGGAGUGCCACGUCGAAGAGUACCAACCGGGUGAGAACUGGCCGUACGCAUGGCACUAUAGAGCACCAGCUGUUGACCUUUAA